AUGAAAAGCUUAUCAGUUCGUGAUGAUGCAAUCUAUUCAUUUAUGGAUCCUCACACCCUCCCUCCCGCCGUCGCCGCUCCCUCCUCCCGCCUUCGCCGCUCCAUCCUCCCGCCGUCGCCGCUCCCUCCCUCCCGUCGUCGCCUCUCCCUCCUCCCGUCGUCGCCACUCCCUCUCUCCCGCCGUCGCCUCUCCCUCCUCCCGCCGUCGCCGCUCCCUCCACCUGUUGUUGCCGCUCCCUCCCUCCCGCCGUCACCACUCCCUCCUCCCGCCGUCGCCGCUCCCUCCCUCCCGCCGUCGCCUCUCCCUCCUCCCGCCGUCGCCGCUCCCUCGUUGCCUCUCCCUCCCAUCCCCGCCGUUGCCUCUCCCUCUCACUUCGCUGUCGUCCCAGGCAACAGGUCACGAGCAAGCUGGUGCACGAGCGGGAGCUGGUUCGCGGUGCGCGAGCGCAGAUUGGGUCUUUGA